AUCUUCCACCAUCUUCUUCUCUCCAACUCUCAAUCUGGGUCGUUCACUUUCUCUUCUUUCUUUCACUUUUCAACCUUCCGUUCAAGCUUCACCCUUAUCUCUUCCCUCUUAAUUCUUAUUCUUAAUAUUAGUAAUUAUUAAUAAAAAAGUAAACUUUUUUUCUUCUUUUUUGUGGGUAUUUGUUGAUUUUUAUUUUCAGUGCGUUGCAAGUGGUAGUGAGUAGUGACAGAGCCUAUUGUUUUGGAUCUUUGGUUUUAAAAUUUUGAUUUUUUAUUUAAUUUAUUAAAACUGGGUUUGUUGAUGAGUGCUUCUGAACAUGUGGGGUUUUAUUCUUUGCCCCCUAAACAAAGGCAAAUGUUGAAUUUUUUAUUUUUGUUUUUGUUUUCUUUAAUUGGUCUAUGAGCGUGAUUUUGGGGAUAGGGUCUGUGUUGGGUUGCAUAUAAAAAUAAAAUAAAAAAAUCCCUUUUUUGGUUCUCUUCUCAAACCAUGGAACCAAAUCUUUCCCUUUGUGUAUUCUGUGUGUAAUAGCUUUGAUUCAUUUCAGUUAAGUUAGUUGGUCUUGUGUUGUUUUGUUUUGUGUGUGAUUGAUGCAGAGAAAAGGAAGAAGAAGAAUGGCAUGCUGAGAGUUUUGAAAAGUGUUAAGUGUUGAUACUUUUUGUUAGGUAGUUCCAUUUGUUGAAGGUGGAAAGAAAAAAAAAAGAAUAAAAAUAAAAUAAAAUAUAAAAUGGGAUCUGGUAAUGAAGUUCAUUCUGUUGGAGAGUUCAAUUUAGAUGCCAAGUGGCUUAUAGAUCCCAAGCAACUCUUUGUUGGCCCAAAAAUUGGGGAAGGUGCUCAUGCCAAGGUCUAUGAGGGAAAGUAUAAAAAUCAGAAUGUUGCUGUUAAGAUUAUCAACAAAGGAGAAACCCCAGAACAGAUUUCGAGGAGGGAAGCUCGGUUCGGAAGAGAGGUAGCCAUGCUAUCGAAAGUUCAACACAAGAAUCUGGUUAAGUUUAUUGGGGCCUGCAAAGAACCUGUUAUGGUUAUAGUAACUGAACUUCUAUUAGGUGGAACGCUGCGCAAAUAUCUCUUGAGUAUGCGGCCAAACUGCUUGGAUAUGCGUGUGGCAGUUGGAUUUGCCCUUGAUAUUGCUCGAGCAAUGGAAUGCUUACACUCCCAUGGGAUCAUUCAUCGGGAUCUUAAACCGGAUAAUUUGAUCUUAACAGGAGAUCAUAAAACAGUUAAACUUGCUGAUUUCGGUCUGGCCAGAGAAGAGUCUUUAACGGAGAUGAUGACUGCGGAAACUGGGACAUACCGUUGGAUGGCUCCAGAACUUUAUAGCACCGUCACUCUGCGACAAGGCGAGAAGAAACAUUACAACCAUAAGGUUGAUGCUUACAGCUUCGCGAUUGUGUUGUGGGAGCUGAUCCAUAAUAAGUUGCCAUUUGAAGGCAUGUCUAAUUUACAGGCCGCAUACGCGGCUGCUUUUAAGAACACAAGGCCUAGUGCUGAUGACCUUCCUGAGGAUUUAGCCAUGAUUGUAACUUCAUGUUGGAAGGAGGAUCCAAAUGACCGACCGAAUUUCACGCAAAUCAUACAGAUGCUUCUCCGAUAUCUCUCCACCAUUUCUCCACAAGAGCCGGUUGUUCCUCAGCGGAUGAAUUCAUCGGAGAAUGCCGUAUUGCCACCGGAAUCCCCCGGCACAAGCGCUUUGAUGUCUAGGAGAGACGACUCCGGGGAAAUCCCGAAAGCCGGUAUGGAAGACAGACCUAAAGGGUUUUUCUUCUGCUUUAACCAGUGUUACUGAUUAUGAUCCCACAAAAGGGCACCCCUCAAUAUCAGUUAGGGAAGAAAAACUAAAUAAAGAUCACAUGCACCAAUUGUAACUGCUAGAAUCUUGAUAAGAAAAUGUUAACUAUGAUGAUCAAAUAAGUCAAGUUUAGUAGCAAUUGUAACAAAGAAGGCACCUUAGCUCUCAGCAAGAGUUGCAAGCUUUUUAACAUUAUGUUGACUUAUUUCUGACUGGCAUAUCCAAGAAAAGCUCAGAAAAUUUUGGGGUCAAGGUUGCUGAGAUGUAAUAUCAUUGUAAAUUAUAAGGUUUCAUAUAAUUGCCUUCA